UCACCCAGGGCCGGCGCUCCGUGAAAUACCCAAAAGGCAAGAUCUCCGAGCGGGGGGUUUAAAUUACACAAAAGUAACAAAGAGAUGUAUCUACUACUCCAGACAACCUGGGACUUUGUCCUCGGACAUGAAGGUGUUAUGGGCUCGCCUUUCUUCCCCGUGCUGUUUUCAUUCAGCAUCUACCUCUUCUUCUGCCUGCCCUUCGUGCUGAUGGACUGUCUGUCGGUGUGGGUGCCGCUCAUCCGACGAUACAAGACCCAGCCCAACAACACCGUCACCCUGAAGAGCAUCAAGAGCUGCCUGGCCCUCUGCCUCUACAACCACCUGGUGUUCAUCCUGCCCGUGACGGUGUUGCAUUGGUACUGGAGGCCGGUGAACCUGCCUAGGGAAGCCCCCAGCGUCCCCAGCCUGGUUGGAGGUGUGCUGGCCUGUCUGCUCCUGUUUGACUUCCAGUAUUUUGUGUGGCAUCUUCUCCACCACAAGAUCCCCUGGCUGUACCGCACGUUCCACAAGGUUCACCACAGCUACACAGCGACCUCGGCCCUAACCACAGAACACUCUGGGGCCACGGAGAUGCUGUCCCUUGCCUUGUUCGCGGGCAUCAACCCCUACCUCCUCCGCUGCCAUCCCCUGACGGAGCUGGCCUUCUUUGUGCUCAACAUCUGGCUCUCGGUUGACGACCACUGUGGCUACGACCUGCCCUGGGCCCUGCACCACUGGGUGCCAUUCGGACUCUACGGUGGGGCCCCCCACCACGACCUACACCACCUCACCUUCAAGUCCAACUACGCGCCCUACUUCACCCACUGGGACCGGCUGGCCGGCACCCUGCUCCGGCAGCCUCCACACCAAGAACACCAUGAACACCCCGAGUGAGCGCAUGAGGGCCACCUGGACCCAAGAGGAAGAUAUGUUGUUUUCUAAACGUCAGUCAGGCGUUAACUAGUUUCCCAUGUGUGACUCUCAGGAAAUAAGUCUGGACCAAGAAGGUGCGGAUCAAAGAUCCAGAUCUGUUUUGAAGAUGUUGAGGAUCAGUUUGUCCUGAUCUGCACUUGUGUAUGUGCUAUGCAAUCGUUGUGCAUGUCAACUGGGAACAGGAACUUUGCGAAAGACAAUGGAAAAUUGAGCUAAUGGGAGCUUUUUUCCACAGAGAACCAGAGUGAAUUAUGCCGACGUAACUAGUACAAGUAGAGCCAGUCAAGCAUCUGUAUAUGCCCCUCAGCCAUAAAAGUGGUUCUCAGGCCAGUGGCUGGAAGAUGGCAGGCAUGUCAUGAGAGGCUCAUCCAAGUAUCGACAUUAACUUAUAAGACAAUGGAAGCAAUGCAAAGCAUUUUGGAUGUGUUACAAGGGAUUCAUAUUAAUUUUAUUGAGAGGCAUUUAUUUAAUUAUAUAUAUUUAUAUUAUUUUAUUUAGUUAUAUAUUUUCUCAUGUGCUUUUCAUAUUGCUCAAAGUAUUGAGCAUUGCAGGUGAAACUAACUUAUUAAAUGCAUUAAGUUGUGCCUUUUAAGGUGUAUAGGCUUUAUGUCACAACUCGCUGGAAAAGGUUAUGCAGGUAUUUGUUUAUUCAACUUGUCUUUCAUUUGAAUUGACUAAUAUUGAGUUGGCAAAAUGCAAAAUGUGAAACAGGAUGUUACAUGUACAUGGUGUGAUUUAAAGGUGUGUGUCAGAUUUGGAAGUUCAAUAUGAAUGAGUCAAUGCAUGUUGCCAAAUACUGUGAAAGUCCUGACAGUGGAAUCCGAACCAGAGUAAUGUUUGUGCGUCACCUGCACAACGUGAUGCUACACAAAAUAAUAUAAUGUUGUAAAUACUACAUAAUAAAUCGAUUAUCAUAUAAACCCCUCCCUAAUGGCAUACGUUCUUUA